CCUAUGUGAUCUCACAUUGUUUGACUGCACAAAGGGGAGAUUAUUCCAGAUAGAGCUUGAGCCAGUUGGCUUGAUUUUGUUCCCCUGGAGCUUUUCUACUGCCAGAGCUAUUCUCUUGUCCCCUGCAAUUUGUGCACCAGUUUUCACAGCGCGACGCCAUGAUAUCGUGUGCUUUCGUCUCCCAGAUGUCAGGGUCAAUGUUAAAGGCUUUUAGAGACUCUUUAAAGCCUCCCACCCCUUAGCUGGCCUUAAAUGAGUUUUUUUUAGGGAUGCAUGAAUAUACCAUUCUGCAGACAUGGCCUGCCCAUCUCAAUUGAGAUUGCACCACGAUUGUCUGGAUGCUUUGCAGACCCGCUCUUCGGAAGACUUCAUUGUCAGGUAUUUUGUCUUGCAAUUUGAGAUUCAGUAUUUUUCUGAGGUAGAUCGUUUGGAAGUGGUUCAGUGUUUUUUUUUUUGUCUUCUGUAUGUUGUUCUCGUCCUGAAACAUGGCAAGCACUGUGGCCUUGGCGAUUCGUAAGUCGAUUUCAUUAUCCAUGUUAAUGUUUCGGGAGAGUCUACCGCCAAGGGAGGUAAAUCUGUACACUGCAUUCUUCUGUAUAUUGGUGCAUGGAUCUAAGUAGGUAUUUCCACAUAUAAGACUUCAUUUUUUUAAUAUUUGUAGUGAAGUUUAAACAUACUCAGGAACAUGUACAGACUUCACCAAAGAGGCGAAUCCUUGAUACACAGCUGCAGUUACAGGUUUGGGUAGCACUAAGCACCAAGCGUUUUUACACUUUCAUCCUUCUUUCUACUUCUGGUGUGUGUGCCAUCUGCCAUACGGGACCCUUCCUUUAUACUUGUUCUACAUGUGGAUCUAUCCAGUGCCACUUUUCAUUAAGUGUUAGUGUUGGUUUUAAGGAGCUUCAUGUCGCAUUGGACACAUCAUUUUCAGUUAAUAUGUACACCUUCUUUGCUAGUUGUCUUCACUUAGAGGUCAGGUGUAACAAACAAUGCUUAUCUAAUUAGAUAAACAAACAAAAAAAAAAACAAAAAAAAACAAGACUCCUCUAUCAUGCGUUCUAUGUCGUGGAUUUAGACUACUUUUUAACAAUGUUAUGUUCAUCUUAUAAAUUACAGAUAUUACUUCUAAAGAGAAAAUAAUUACGUUAUUUUUAAAUUUCGUUAUUUUUUAAUUACCUUAAUUUUUAGUCUAUGUGCGUGUUUCUGAUGCAACGAGGACUAAUGGUGAGCUGAUGGUUACAUUGUGUGGACUGAUGAAAUUCUGAUGUAACCACGAGAUGGUCUGUCGUAUUUGAAGUAACUAAAUACUGGUGUGAAGGUUGGAUAGGGAGGAACCAGCGAGAGACGUGAGAGAAAAAAGACUUGAAUAAUUAACUAUGUAAAAAGUCAGCCUAGUGCUUCCAAGUAUCUUAUUUAGCGUCCAGAUUCAUCGGAAUAAUCUUCCAGUAAAAAGUAUAAGCGUAUUCAACACAACUAUGAUGGCUUCUCUAGAUGACUUUGUUCUACAACUAAACGAUAGACUUUCCGACGCAAAGAAAGAGAACUCUUUACCCUGUUGUCUUAUAGACAGACCUGUGGAUCAAGUUUCUAACGGACGUGCAGACGAUUUCUUCACCGAGGCACAAAAACAGCAACCUAAUGACCCAACUGAUUUCAACAACUUAGACCGACCGGCAAACAAUAAAGAUGCUCUCAACCAUGAUGCGAGACUGUUCACACAAGAUGACUGCAUGCAUACUUCCACUAGUUUAAAUCUUCAAAGUACUUCAACGUUAGAAAGGACAGAUGGCAAUGUAGCAGUUGACAACACUAUCGGAGGAAACAGUUGUAACUUAGAUAGUCAAACAGAAUACAGUGUCACUUUGCAAGUUCCAGUCCAUGUUUUUGAAAUUCGAAUUGAGGUUCACCUUGAAGGCUACGACGUACUGCACACCAAUUUAUAUUGUCAACUUAUUUCUCAUAAAGAGGUGAAAAUGAGCUUCCAACAGGAUGGCCAAGAAGAUAGGAUUAAUCAGAGCCUCCAACAGGAUGGCCAAGAAGAUAGGAUUAAUCAGAGCCUCCAACAGGAUGGCCAAAAAGAUUGGAUUAAUCAGAGCCUCCAACAUUUCGACCAUCCUGGCUGCCACAGUCUGAUCUCAUUAUCCUUAAAACACUUGCCUGCUGAUGUCCAGGUUGAUUCUCUUUUGCUGUUUGUAAAACUUUUUUCAUUACUUAUUGUGAAAAUAAAUCACAGAAGAAGAUUGAGGACACAGACAGCUGCUGUUUGCGGAACAGGAUUGAUCUUUGAGAGACCAGCAGAAAUUAGAAUACAGGAAGAUACAGGACGGUGUGAAGGACAUAUUUUUAUUGCAACCAGCGAGAAUAUAAUUCCAAACGAGGCUGAAGCACGUGCUUGUGAAGUGACGUUUUCCUCACGAGCUAUGAACUAUUUUAAAGUUGGAAAACUUGCAGUAGACUCUGUUGAACACGUGAGUAAAUCAGGGGAGACAAAAACCUACCUGAAAUGUAGAACAUCUGAUAUGGCAUUCGUCAGUGUACUCAAUACGAUCCAAGAAAAGGUUAAAAUGUUAGCUAAUGAUCUCCCUUUGAGUGUCAAACAAAGGCUCACAAAGAUGGCCCUUGUUAUAAGCUAUCCUCACGGAGAUGAGAUGACCAUGUCUUACGGUGACUGUGCAGUCAUAAAGCGCAAACUCUCUGAUGAAACAGUUGACGGAAAUAGGCAUCUGUGGUUACAGAACUUGACUGCUUCCGGUUCAGAAUCACCGCACGAGACGGUACAGGUCCUGCUUCACACUGCGCCCACAUGCAUCGGAAGUCUUGGGGCGCCCAUAAUUACAUUCAAACAAAAUAUCGCCUCGAGUGUUGAACAAGAUCAAUAUAGUCUAAACAUCUGGACACAUGACGGGGUGCUAGAGCCAUCGGAGUUUGGAUGUUCAUCGAUCAAAGCUUGCACUGAAGACGAGUUGAGACUUUACUCUGGUGUGAUGGUUGCCUGUACCUCAAAUCAGCCGCAUCUGUCUAGUAUGCUGAACACGCAACACAAUGGGACGUCAAGGAUGCUAAGUACAAGACAACAAACUCAACUAGCAGAAGUGCAGAAUGCACAAGUGUCUGCACUGCAAACAGAAGUGCAGCCUCAGCAGGCGCAAGUACCAGCACUUGAAACAGAAGUACAAUCCCAGCAGACACAUUUACCUGCACUUGAAACGGAAGUAGAAUCCCAGCAGACACAUUUACCUGCACUUGAACCGGAAGUACAAUAUCAGCAGACACAAUUACCUGCACUAGAAACGGAAGUACAAUAUCAGCAGACACAAUUACCUGCACUUGAAACGGAAGUAGAAAUCCAGCAGACACAAUUACCUGCACUUGAAACGGAAGUAGAAUCCCAGCAGACACAGUUACCUGCACUUGAAACGGAAGUACAAUAUCAGCAGACACAAUUACCUGCACUUGAAACGGAAGUAGAAUCCCCGCAGACACAAUUACCUGCACUUGAACCGGAAGUACAAUAUCAGCAGACACAAUUACCUGCACUUGAAACGGAAGUAGAAUCCCAGCAGACACAAUUACCUGCACUUGAAACGGAAGUACAAUAUCAGCAGACACAAUUAACUGCACUUGAAACGGAAGUAGAAUCCCCGCAGACACAAUUACCUGCACUUGAACCGGAAGUACAAUAUCAGCAGACACAAUUACCUGCACUUGAAACGGAAGUAGAAUCCCAGCAGACACAAUUACCUGCACUUGAAACGGAAGUAGAAUCCCCGCAGACACAAUUACCUGCACUUGAAACGGAAGUAGAAUCCCAACAGACACAAUUACCUGUACUUGAAACGGAAGUAGAAUCCCAGCAGACACAGUUACCUGCACUUGAAACGGAAGUAGAAUCCCAGCAGACAGAGGCGUAUCAACUAGACUUACAACAAACACAGGAGACGUUACAAGAAGUCCGACAAAGUGGACCUCAUCAUCACGACCUUCUUCGUCCCAACUUUAAUAAUCGAACUGAUAGAAAGGACGCAGGCCCGAACCUUGCCAUACAGCCGCCAUCGUAUCCAGCGUAUAUAAGGUUUGAAAAACGUUUGGAAAGUUUCGUCGGAUGGUUGUCAGGAAACAUUCUCUCCCCUGCAACGUUGGCGAGAAACGGAUUUUUUUACGCUGGUUACAGUGACUGUGUGAGAUGUUACUAUUGUGGUAUCGGUUUGAAGUCUUGGAAACUGGGAGACGAUGUGGUGACAGAACAUCAGAGGUUCAGACCCAAUUGUCAUUUCCUGAUCAAACUGUUAGCGUCAGAUUUCAAUGUCAGGCCUGGGGGGUUUCAAAUGCCAUCACAGGAGACACUGGACUCUCACGAGUCACAGGAGUCAGCAGGUAGUAUCGACCAGAAGUCUGAAGCAGGGGAGAUAAACUCAAAAUCUACAGACCAAACCAGUAGUUCAUUGAAAACAGAGAGGACUGCAAUGAGUGAAGGUGGACCUCAGGCUGUGCAAGACAUAACAGUGAGAUUACUUCAAGAAGAAAAGAAAAGACUCGAGGCGUUGAUGCAGUGUAAGGUCUGCUCCAAGAAUCCCAUCAAGUCUCUGUUCUUACCGUGCGGUGAUCUCUAUGCCUGCCAGGAAUGUUCCGGAAACCUCUCCCAUUGUCCUCAAUGCAACAAGAAAAUACUGGCGACUGUCACAACAUAUUUCAGGCGCCCCAGAGUCCACCCAGUUUACAUGACAUUGGCUGGAGAAAAGUAAAGGCGAUUGGUCGUUGUGCUCGUCACAUAUCACCCUCGUUAACAGUGAGCCACAGAAACAGAUGACCAUUACGUCAUCUGCCCUUUAGAGUUCGCAAAGUUUGAAAGGGGAACAUUACUAGAUUAAACAUAAACAAAUUCG